ACCCGCCUCAUACGCCCAGGUUCUGGAACGAGUCUUUCCGAUGUGGGAUUAUUGGGCUUCACACCCUUUCCACCAUCGGACAAGAGCCGUCAUCGGCUCUAAUACCAAAAUGUUACGCCCCCGCCUGCACGGGGCAUGUGAGGCACCUAGUGCCCACGUGGGGGCCACAUGAGGGAGGAACACGGAGCUCCCCUGCCAUAUAUUGUCCGGUUUCAGAACUUCACGCAAGCGUCCUUCACCCCUCUCCGGUUUUGUUUUCCUCCUAAAACGCGUCUGCAGGAUUUGGAGACACCCGCCUUAUAUGCUCAGGCUCUGAAACGAGUCUUUCCGAUGUGGGAUUAUUGGGCUUCACAUUUAAUCUGUUUUGCUAUGGGCUCAAGGAGAAAGGAACUCUCAGUAAUUCUUUGCUUUAUGCUUGGGAUCUUCGUUCACGUCUUUCUGUCGGCUAGGCCGUUUAGUUCUGGUGACAACAUUGUAAGAGAGAGAUUUUAUAAGGCGAAUGGUUCCAAAAGUGCUGAAUGGCAACAGAGGAAGGACGUGGUUGUGGGCUUUUGUGUUGUCCUGAGUCAUCUCUUGAAUAGACAUUCAAAGUCUGCAGGCUUUUCUUUAAUUAGACUUACAUUGCCUGGUAGGUUGGAGAUUCAAAGAUAUGAUUCUUCAUGGAACUUAUCUGGUGAAAAGCCAGAAACUUUGGAGUUCAAGGAUUCGAUUGUAUAUUGGAUGAGUGAGGAUGAUGCAGUAUUUAACAGAUAUAAUUUCUUUAAGAUAUUUUAUCUUUAUGACUAUAUAAAGAGCAAUCUUUUUAAUGCUUUGGUUAUGCAGAAUUCUCUUUCAAAUCAUAAGGAAACUAACAAAGUUUCCCUCAGUCAUGAUAUAGAGGAACUUAUUAGCAACAGUUUGAAGUUCUCUAAUGUCUCAAUUUCUGAUUUUGUAAGUGAUGCCAGCAUACCAACCAGCAUAUUUGAAAUUGCAUCUCGAAGAGUAUUAUCAUGUGUUCGGGCAGAUCUUUUACCUUUGGUCUUUAAAAAAUACUCAGAUUUAUUUGGAAAUCAGCGUGAUUCCUCCUUUGAAUUCUUAGAAGUUCCUAGCUGUUUGCCUCACAAUAGGUUGCUACCUUUUUUUGUGGGGAAACCUUCAAUAAGAAGUGAGAAGUGGUCAAGCAAAGCAUCUCCUGGGGAGGUUCUUGUUGGCCCGGUGCUACCGCUUUCAGUGCUUCUUGCACUUCAACAGAUUGACAGGCCUGAUGCAAUAGAUGAGCAAGAUGAUGACCCAUUGACCCUUCAGUGCAGAUCAAUUCUUGAACAUGUUUGCCCUGAAAUGUUUGUUGUUGAUAUUGGUAAUACCUUUUCCAACUAUUUGGGAUCGGCUUUAUGGAUCGUCAUUCGCCAAGUAUUCCAUCAAUUUUUCGAUAAAGGAAUCUUUGUCGAUGAAGUUGACAUUGGCACAUUCACCAUUAGAGCCGUGGAUGACCCAAGAACACUGAACAAGAUUCUGUAUCUUAGACCGCCUGCCAACACCUUAUCUCACAAUGAGAUAGUCUCCCUGUGGGAGAAGAAGGUUGGCAAGACCUUUGAGAGGGUAUAUGUUCCUGAAGAAGUGGUUCUGAAGCAGAUCCAAGAAUCUCCUGUUCCGUUGAAUGUCUUGCUGUCUAUCUGCCACUGUGUCUUCAUCAAGGGGGACCUGACAAACUUUCAGAUUGAGCCAUCAUUUGGUGUGGAGGCCACAGAGCUCUAUCCUGAUGUCAAAUACACUACUGUUGAUGAGUAUCUGAACCGGUUUCUCUGAAAGCACACUUCUUAAUUCCACGAGUGCCAGCUGAACUUCCGAUGGGUUUAUAUACCUUCCUGAUAUUUUGGUUAUGCUUGUUAAUUUGAUAAUAAAGGAUUCCAGUCCAUGUUUUGGUUAUAUAUAUUAAUAUCUUCAAUGAAACCAUAGGUUUUUUUUUAUUCCUUUCAUGACAAUGCCAAGUCUUGGUCACAGCCAUCCUUCUUUAUUAUUAUUUACUAGUAUUAUUAGAUUUACUAUUACUAUUAUUACUGCUAUUGUUAUUACUAUUAUUACUAUUGUAACUAUUAUUAUCAUCAGUAUCGCAAUUUUAAGAGAGAGAGAGAGAGAGAGAGAGGGAAACCUGUGUUCAACCCGUGGCACCAGUACGUAGUGGAUCGGGACUGGCCACUAGGCGGGCCGAAUGCCAAUCGCCAAGCUUGCAUAUCAGGAGCUCCCCAUAGUUAGUCGCAUCCUAAUCGAGAGAUCUAGUGAUCAUCGAAAUCCCACCGAUGUGACAGGUAGGACGUUAUCCGGGUGCGAAGCAUUUACGUUCGAUGUUCAGGCUGUACUCAAGCCAGUCACUUCUAGUCAACCCAUACGCCCUAAUUCUCUGGUAGUAGAUAGGCUCCUCCAUCGGACAUACACAAAAAGGGAGGGCAGAGGAGGUAAGAAAGAAACCAUCAGUUGGUGUGCAGAUGGUGUUUGCUCCUUGGAUAGCAUACAUUUUCUUAGCAGAUGGUGUGCCACCAUCAGUUGCAGUAAACCUUGAUGCUGCCCUUUGGUAUGACCUUAUUCUCUAAUUUUUUGCCUUGAGCUCAAAAUUUAUGGCCGAUGGUUGUCUGGGGGCCAAAGAAGGUUUUCAAAGGUAGCAUAUCUUUCAAACCAUUGUUCGUCAUGGCCAACUUUAGGGAUGCAUUGCUCAGCGCAUCAAUGGGACUUAAAAGAGGGGCCUAAUGUCUUCUUUGCUGUUAGGCUAUCGUACUAUUUGUAACCUUACUAAAGACUUCCUACAAAUGAAACUUCCUAGGGAUCUUCAUCCAGUAUUGUUCUUAUUAGUAGGAGCACCCAGUGUUUCUUGCAUGGCAUGGCCAAGGAUUUGUUGGGGACUUUAUAACGCGUCAAGGAGGGCUUACUAUAAUGCUCUGUUCCUCUGUGUCCCUCUUGUAAGUCUCUCUUUUCCGCAUCCCAGUGUCUAAUGCAAGUUGGCGCAUUAUAAUAAAACUUUCACUCUGGCUUGUUCAUUAUUUAAAGCUCCAUGGUUACACUAAAUAGGAAAUUGAUCGUCAGAUUAUCCUGACUGAUCGAUAUCAUUGUUAUACUCGAAUCAAUUAUGAUCAUCUGAAUAUUAAAGUCAAAUUUUCAGAGUUUUUAACCCUUAUCUGAAGAAUGGCUUUUAUUUAUUUAUUUAUUUAUUUGAGAGCAAAUGCUUGGUAAUUUUUUAGCAGACAUUGUUCUUUUACCUUGGUCCAUUUGUUUUCAAGUCACGAAUUGUUUUUUUGGAGGUUGCAUGGAAAUUUCAGUUUCAUUUGUUCAAAUUAUCAGGAGGGAUUUUCAUUUCUUCAAACAGGUCAUCUCACUCUGCCAUCCAUUUUUCUGUGUAUUUGCAGGCUGUGCGGAUUAAUUUUUUCCAAGGCUUCAGGUAUCACGAGCAUAAUGGGCAUAUUCUCUCCCAGUGACUGGUGCUUCGGUUGUAAUCAUUGAUUACUUGGUGGAAGUAACCAUUGUGUUAGCCCAGACAUUUCUGUUGGACUCCUCUGGAAUCUCUACCUUCGUAUCAACAGAAUUGCUCGUCUCCACCAUCAUUUAUGCUUUGGUCCUCCAUGACCUAUUCAUGAAUGACAUCUCAAUUGCCGUCGUCCAGAAGAGCAGAAUCUGGCAAACCUGAGAGUUGUGAGCUCAGAUAUGAGAGACACUGAGGCUGCUAUCUCAAGAAACACUCCGCAACGUUUGAGUCAAUAUAUAUAUAUACACUAUUUGCAUGCUAUGUUCAGAUCUUGUUCUCCGCUCAAUGAAGGAUGGUUAUCAUAAAGUGGCAUGCAAUCUUUCGCCAUAGCAUUUGCUGAUAAUUAGGAGAUGAAGACCGAUUGCAAAAAAGCACUCUAUGUGGUACCUCAUGCCACUUUGUUGGUUCAGGUGUUGUGUACAGCAUUUGGUUAUGAGAUUCAUAAGUCAAUUUAUGCGCAGUUUAUUCCCGGGUUCAAAUUUAUGAACCCAUUCCGGCCAUAUGCCUCUGCUUGGUGGGAGUUUGUUGUCUUUUGUUUUUGAAUAAUUCAACUUAGCCAUUAGAUUUUGCUUUGUUGGUUGAGGAAGUGAUGCAUCAUCAAGGGUAGUCAACAAUUUAUUCAAUGUUUGUUCAUUA